GGAAACUCUUGGUUUCCCGGCGUGCACUUGUUCCACUGCGCAGGCGCAGAGGGCUUUAUUUAUUUCACGACCCGAGACAACCGGAAACUACGAGGCUGUGGACUUGACCGCACUUGUUGUGAUGGCAGCAAGGGCGUGAUCGGCAGCUACCAUGACCGAGUGCUUCCUGCCACCCAGCAGCAGCCCCGCCGAGCAGCGGCGGGCUGAGCAUCCGGGUGGCGUGGCGCGCACCCCUAGCUCCGAGGAGAUAAGCCCCACCAAGUUUCCCGGGUUGUACCGCACCGGUGACCCAUCGCCACCGCACGAUGGCCUCCACCAUGAGGCACCAGAUGCAUACGUGUCAGAUGAGGACAAAGAGCACAGCAAGAAGAAGAACAAGUUUAAGAAGAAGGAGAAGCGCACGGAAGGAUAUGCCGCCUUCCAGGAGGACAGCUCGGCAGACGAGGCGGAGAGCCCGUCCAAGAUGAAGCGCUCAAAAGGCAUCCACGUGUUCAAGAAGCCUAGCUUCUCCAAGAAGAAGGAGAAGGACUUCAAGGUGAAGGAGAAGGGCCCCAAAGAGGCAAAAGACAAGAAGUCCAAGGACCUGACAGCUGCAGAUGUGGUGAAACAGUGGAAAGAGAAGAAGAAAAAGAAGAAGCCUGGCACUUGUACCGUCCCUGCCGUUGACGUGGAGGCAUUGCCAGCAGAGAUGCCCGCCUUCAGGCCCAUCUUCGGUGCCCCCCUAGCGGAGGCGGUGAAGCGGACUGCGUUAUAUGAUGGCAUCCAGCUGCCCGCAAUCUUCAGGGAGUGUGUGGAUUACAUCGAGAACUACGGCAUGAAGUGUGAAGGCAUCUAUCGCGUCUCAGGUAUGAAGUCCAAAGUGGACGAGCUGAAAGCGGCAUAUGACCGGGAGGAGUGCCCGUGCCUGGAGGAGUACGACCCUCACACGGUGGCCAGCCUGCUCAAGCAGUACUUGCGCGAGCUGCCCGACAACCUGCUGGGCCGGGACCUGGGACAGCGCUUCGAGGAUGCGUGCGGUAGGCAGGCGGAGGCCGACAAGGUGAGCGAGUUCCAGCGGCUGCUGGUAGAGGCGCCGCCCGAGAGCCGCCUCCUGCUGGGCUGGCUGGUCACGCACAUGGAUCAUGUCAUCGCCAAGGAGGCCGACACCAAGAUGAACAUCCAAAACAUCUCCAUCGUCCUCAACCCCACCAUACAGAUCGGAAACCGGGUCCUCUACAUGUUUUUCACGCACGUGAAGGAGCUGUUCGGUGACGUGGCCCUGAGGCAGGUGGUGCGCCCGCUCCGCUGGUCCAACAUGGCCACCAUGCCGGCACUGCCUGAGACUCAGGAUAGCAUCAAAGAGGAGAUUAGGCGACAGGAGUUCCUGCUCAACUGCCUGCACAGGGACCUGCAGGCUGGCGUAAAGGACUUGUCCAAAGAGGAGCGUCUUUGGGAGGUCCAGAGAAUCCUCACAGCUCUCAAGCGUAAGCUGAGGGAGGCCAAGCGACAAGAGUGUGAAACUAAGAUCGCCCAGGAAAUCGCCAGCUUGUCCAAGGAAGACGUUUCCAAAGAAGAGAUGACGGAGAAUGAGGAGGAAGUGGUUAACCUUUUACUGGCACAGGAAAAUGAGAUCCUGACAGAACAAGAGGAGUUAAUCUCUCUGGAGCAAGUAUUGCGCCGACAGAUUGCCGCAGAGAAGGAGGAGAUCGAGAGGCUACGGGCGGAGAUCGCAGAUAUCCAGAGUCGUCAGCAGGGCCGCAGCGAGACCGAGGAGUAUUCGUCGGAGAGUGAGAGCGAAAGUGAGGACGAGGAGGAGCUGCAGAUGAUCCUGGAGGACCUUCAGAAGCAAAACGAGGAGCUGGAGAACAAGAACACCCACCUGAACCAGGCCAUCCACGAGGAGCAGGAGGCCAUCUUGGAGCUGCGUGUCCAACUGCGCCUCCUACAGAGUCACAAGCUGCAGCAUGAGCUUGCUCUGCCGCCGCCGCUGCCGACACCAACAGCAGCCGAGCAAGCCGCACCCACGGAACCCAGCCCGGAAGCUCGAGGCAGUGGCGAGGAGCAAGCCAAGGUUGCCGACAGCAGCACCAGUACCGCCGCUGCUGCCUGCAUUGUGGCACCCCCCGGAAAGACAGUGAAGGAUCCUCCUAAGCCGUCGCCCAACAAAGAUCGGCGGGAUGGCAACAUGUGAGGCAAAGUUGGAAGAAGUGUUCCCUCACCUAAAAAAAAAAAAAUACAAAUUACCAUCGUUUGUACAUCAUUGCUUCAUCUUAUGGUGACAUAUUGACCAAAUAAUUACAAAUCUGGAAAGUCCUUGCUGUGGCCUUUCGUACGAUGUGUGAGUCAAUGAGGUUUGUCCCGAAUUGAUUGAGGUAGCGGUAAAUGUUGACAUUUUCAACAACAAAAAAAGAAGUCUUCUUUUUCGUCAUUAUUUCAUCAUGAGGCAGCAUGUUGACUAACUACAAAUCUGAGUCCUUGUAUAAGCCUUUUAAAUGACGUUUGAGUUGAUGAGGUUUGUUGUCAAUUUAUUUUGGACCUGCUUAGUCGCAAAUUACAAGUAUAAAAAAAAAGAUUGUCAGUGCUUCAUGCUACAUAUUGACUAAAUAACUACAGAUAUGGGAGGUUCUUAUCAUGGCUUUUUAUUAUGCAUGAGUUGAUGAACUUUGCUGAAAAUUAAUUUUUGGCCCGUGGUUAAGAGUAAACGUAGCGACUUUCAAGCAUAAGAGAAAAAAACCCCCACUUUACUUUCCAUUACUGCUUCAUUUUAUGCAUAAAUAUUGACAAAUUAAUUACAGCGCUAGAAAAGUCUCGCUGAUGUUUGAGUUCAUGAUGUUUGUUGCUUGACCUGGUUGGUAGUGUUUGGCAUUUUUAUUUUUCAAGCAGAAAAACAAGUAUUUUGAUCAUUGCUUAAUUUUGGGUUAACAUAUUGACUAAAUAAUUACACAUCUCGAAAGCCCUUGUAAAUUCCUUGAAUAUGACGUCAGCUGGUUAAACUUGUUUUUGAUACAGAUUUUUUUUUUUGGGGGGGGGUUUGUUCAUCUUACAAUACAUUGACUAAAUUCUUGAAGAUUUAGAAACACUCGUUGGAUGUAGUCCUUUGGGCAACUCUUGAAAAUUAACGAAACCAAGAAGUCCACAAAUACUCCUCGCAUAUAAUAAUAAUAAACAUGUUAGUCUGUCAUAUAUUUUCAUAAAUUCAUAUGUCAACAAUACACUGUGCCAAAAUGAAGACUGAUUAAACAAAACAAAUGCUCUUUGAAUACAUAUGAUAGCUCUAAAUAUUUACAUUGAAGAUAUACGUGGAUUGAAAUGUUUGUAGAAAUGCUGUAUAUUAUAGGUAACAAAUGGCUGAAAGAAGUGUUACCGUGCAAUCAUCUCCAUGGGAAUUGUCAUAAUGAUUUCUCAUAUUUUGCUCUGUAUUUUAUAACACUAUCCUGUUAUCUUCUGGCAAUUUGUUGGAGGCACGGGUGUGACAUUUCAUAUUUUCAUUUUUUCCCCCUCGCCGUGUAAAUUAUUUUAUACACACAUUAAUUGACUUGUAUGCUUGCUUCUUGUCUCAUGAUCUGUGUUAUUAAAUAACGCUGUGACUGAAACAUU